AUGCCAAAUGGAAGUCUUGAGAGUUUGUUGCAUUCAUGCACAAAACUAGACAAUAUGCCUCAUCAUUCGUGUCAACUAGAUCUCAUUCAAAGAAUAAGCAUUGCUAAAGAUGUGGCUUGUGCUCUUGAUUAUCUACACAACCAUUGUGGAAACGUAGUUGUUCAUUGUGAUUUGAAGCCAAGCAACAUUUUAUUAGAUGUUGAUAUGGUUGCUCAUAUUGGAGACUUUGGGCUAGCAAAAAUUCUUACACUUGAACAGCUUCCUAAUGCAAACAUGAGUAGUUCAAGUCUUAUGAGAGGAACUAUUGGGUAUGCAGCACCAGAGUAUGGACUUGGAAAUGAAGUAUCGACCGAGGGGGACAUUUAUAGCUAUGGGAUCCUAUUGUUAGAGAUGUUGACUGGAAAAAGACCUAUUGAUCUAAUAUUUAAAGAAGGACUGAGCCUACAUUCUUAUGCAAGGAAAGCAUUGGCAAAUGGUUUUGUGCUUCAGAUUGUGGAUCCCAUGCUUCUAAACGAUGAUGUCAACGAAAUGUUUUUAAGUUCAUUAGCAAAAAUCGGAGUGCAAUGUUCUUCUGAGUCUCCACAUGAUCGAAUGGAUAUUGGGAUUGUUAUUCAAGAGUUGCUUUCUGUGAUGGGUAUGGCUAUUAAUAACGUGUAUGUAGAUAGGUAA